UCGCUGUUUUUCUCAGUAUUUCGUUUUCUUCAGGUUGGUGGUUUAGGACUUGUGAUAGCUGGAGCGGUGUUACAAUUGAAAUAUACUGGAUUAUUGGAUAUAUUGGGCGAUGAACGAUUAGCAACACCAAUAUUUUUACUCACAGCUGGUGCAUUAUGUGCACUUCUUGGUUUUUUGGGCUGUUGUGGUGCGAUUCGCGAGAAUUAUUGCUUAACAGUUAGCUUUGCGGUUCUACUCGCGUUGGUGUUACUCGUUGAAACUGCCGCUGCCAUCGCUGCAUACGCGCUUCAUGAACCACUUCAGGCUUCGCUUUCUCAGCAACUGACACUUGGACUAGGCCGUUAUAAUCGAUCCGCUGGUGUUACGAUGGCAUGGGAUCAGACGCAGAUUCAAUUCGCGUGUUGUGGUGUUCAUAAUCACACUGAUUGGAUAACGCCACCGGAUUCCUGUUGUGUGCAUCUUAGUCCUGGCUGUGGACGUAUUGAACAAAAUCUUCAUCCAGCAGGUUAUCUUCAUUUACUUUGCAGGUCGCUUGCUUUCCCUCCUUCUAAAUUAUCUGUGCCCAAAACAAGGGAUGAAUCGAAUCGUUUAGCAUUAAUAAGAAUACUUCUUGCUUUCUCUUUUGAUUCAACUUGUGUAUGUAAUGGACAUGGAAACGGUAGUGGACAUUAA